GAUGUUAGAGAGGACGCGCUUCCGGGUGAGGCACACAGAUCACCGCGUGGAACAGGACUAGCGAAGCCUGUCCAGGAGAGAAGUUUGUUUCGGGGUUAAACUUGGUGGAAAAGCGGCAGAGAUGCUUGUUUUAUUUGAAACCGCUGCUGGUUAUGCAAUAUUUAAAGUCCUAGAUGAGUCAAAGCUCCAGGAGGUGGACAGUUUAUGGAAGGAGUUUGAAACGCCGGAGAAGGCCAACAAAGUAGUGAAGUUGAAGCACUUUGAGAAAUUCCAGGACACAACCGAGGCCUUGGCAGCGGCCACGGCCAUGACAGAAGGGAAGAUGGGGAAGAGCCUGAAGAAGAUCCUGAAGAAAGUUGUGGCUAAAGAAGCUCAUGAACAGCUGGCCAUCAGCGACGCUAAACUGGGUGGCGUCAUCAAGGAGAAGUUGAACCUGAACUGUGUCCACAGUCCUGCGGUGGCCGAGCUGAUGAGAGGCAUCAGGACCCAGAUGGAGGCCCUGAUCACUGGGCUGCCCCCCCGGGAGAUCAGCGCCAUGUCUCUGGGACUGGCUCACAGUUUGUCCCGUUACAAGCUGAAGUUCAGCCCUGACAAAGUGGAUACCAUGAUAGUUCAAGCUAUCUCUCUGCUGGACGACCUGGACAAGGAGCUCAACAACUACAUCAUGCGCUGUAGGGAGUGGUACGGCUGGCACUUCCCUGAGGUGGGCAAGAUCAUCACUGACAACCUGGCCUACUGCAAGAGCGUCCGUAAGAUCGGCGUUCGCACCAACGUGGCGACCACUGACCUGUCCGAACACCUCCCCGAGGAGGUCGAGGCAGAGGUCAAACUGGCCGCGGAGAUCUCCAUGGGAACGGAGGUAUCCGAGGAGGACAUCGGUAACAUCAUGCACCUGUGUGACCAGGUGAUAGAGAUCACAGAGUACCGCACCCAGCUGUACGACUACCUGAAGAACAGGAUGAUGGCCAUCGCCCCCAACCUGACCGUCAUGGUGGGCGAGCUGGUGGGGGCGCGACUCAUCUCGCACGCUGGGUCCCUGUUGAACCUGGCCAAGCACCCGGCCUCCACCGUCCAGAUCCUGGGAGCAGAGAAAGCCCUGUUCAGAGCCCUGAAGACGCGCAGAGACACGCCCAAAUAUGGUCUCAUCUACCACGCCUCUCUGGUGGGACAGACGUCGGCCAAAAACAAGGGCAAGAUCUCCAGGAUGCUGGCAGCCAAAGCGUCUCUGGCGAUUCGCUACGAUGCCCUGGGAGAGGACACCAACGCUGAGAUGGGAGUUGAGAACCGUGCCAAGCUGGAGGCCAGACUACGCCACCUAGAGGAGAAGGGAAUCAGAAGAAUCAGUGGAUCAGGCAAAGCCAUGGCGAAGUCUGACAAAUACCAACACAAGAGUGACGUGAAGGUGUACGACCCCUCGGGAGACUCCACCCUCCCCUCUGGUUCCAGGAAGAGGAAGUUGGAGGAGGUGGAGGAGGAAGAGCUGGCCACGCCAGUGACCGUCAAAACCAAGAAAUCCAAGAAAGAUCCUGUGGAAGAACCAGAGGCGUCAACGGCAGCAGAAACUCCCAAGAAGAAGAAGUCCAAGAAAGUGGAGGAGGCGAUGGACGUUGAGGAAGAGGAGGCCACCGUCUCUCCCACAGAGGAAUCAUCGAAGAAGAAGAAGAGGAAGAAGAGGAAGAAGAGGAAGGUGAAGGAGGAAGAGGGAGAAUAAUGUGGUUGGGGAGAAACUGUAUUAUAUUAGGACUUUUAGUUGUCGUUGUAUCUACCAGGGCCGGAUUGACUCACGUUUCAAACCGUUUAAAGACUAUUUCAGAAUGACCAGCAGCUGAUCUGUUAUGAUUAGGAAUGAGCCUGGAUGAUGGUGGAUAAAUCCUCCUGUGGAUUUGAGUUUCAGAUUAACAUUUAUUUUACUGUAACUUUUUAUUAUUGUUAACCAGUUAAAGACCCAAUAGACUGGAUACAGUAUCAGGUUGUAUUAAUGUUCAUGUUAAAACAUUUCAUUUCUCCACUGGUUUAACAACGAGCCUUUUUAAAAAAGCUGUUUCCCACAAGUCUUAGUCUAUAAGUGAUUAAAUCCAUUUUCUCAGUCA